CCUGUGGUGGGCGAGUCCUGUACGUCUUCCAGAGGGCAAAUCGAGAAUGAGCUCCACGUGCUGUUCUUACUUCUCCCCCUCUACGCUCUGUGGGCAGGUAAAAUCAUAUAAUUACAAAGUGGAAAGAUCACUUUUUCCAUUCCCAAAUCACGAGCGGAGAUCUGGGAUUUGCUCGCUGCAGGAGAAACAUUCCGCGCGAUUCAAUUUGAUCAUCCCGAUUUCCAGUUUUGAUGGGCGAGUCGGAGGUGACCAAAUCCAGCUUAAGUGUCAACAAGAACGAGAAAGAUGGAUCCCCCAGGGUUUUAAAUCCUGCAAUACCUACAUUCCUUUUGCAGCUUCCGCACAAGUUUCAUAAUGCUCUCAAGUCACAGCUCCGUAAAUUUGCCAAAAAUGACGGAAUCAAUAGGGUGAGCUCUGUCCAGAAAAAUCAGAGUGGGUCACUUAGUGCCUCGGAAGCUGAAUUAGAUGAGCAAUUGAGAGCAUGGAGAGAAAAUCCUUCUUGGGUUGAUAAUCCUUCCAAAAUAAAGGUGACUGUACCAAAAGGUUCUCUUUGCAACCUGAAUGUGGAAGUCAAUGUUGGCCUGCCGCCUGAUGCAGUAUACAAUAUAGUGAUUGAUCCUGACAAUAGAAGAGUUUUCAAAAAUAUCAAGGAAGUAAUAUCCAGAAAAGUAUUGCUUGAUGAGGGCCACAGGCAAGUAGUGGAACUUGAACAAGCAGCGAUUUGGAGAUUUCUUUGGUGGUCAGGGACUAUCUCGGUUCAUGUUUUGGUGGACCAAAAUAGAGAAGACCACUCUAUGAGGUUCAAGCAAAUUAAGACUGGAUUCAUGAAAAAAUUUGAGGGUUGCUGGAGGGUAGAACCUCUAUUUGUUGAUGAGAAAACUUGCUAUCCCUUUAAACCAAUGAAUAAGGAAGAAUAUAAUGCAUGUACCAGAGGGAAGGGAAGAAUAGGGUCCAGAGUGAGCCUUGAGCAAAUACUUCAGCCAGCCGUUGUCCCACCCCCUCCCAUAUCCUGGUAUUUGAGAGGAAUUACCACUCGGACGACCGAGAUGCUUAUAAAUGAUCUGCUCGAAGAAACUGCCAGGAUCAGAGGAGGAUUUGAAGCUGGAAUGUCUAACGGAGAGAUUCAGGGAGCAUCUGAUGAAAUCCAAAAUCUUGUCGGUGACACAAGUGACAUAAAAGGGCGAUGGCUUUUGCGUCGAAAAAAUGCAAAGCAGAAUCGGAGAAGACUUCAUCCUGACAGCUGAUUACUUCUUCAAAGUGCCAAGUUUUGUUUUCUAAAAGCAGCAAGGAGAGGGUUACCAAGUAUUGUGAAGUGAUAAGUCUAAAUUGCUGCAUUGUAGUUCGUUAUAAUUGACCACUGAUAUCUGAUGUAAUUGUCUAGAUUUCUUGACGAGCCGUUUACAUUAGAAGAUGCUACUGAAUGCAUCUCAUUACAUGCUGACGCUGAUCAAUUUAUGAAAAAUUGGUCAAUAAUUUUCAUCCCAGUCGGAUAGUUUCUUGUGGGAAUUGGAGCUUAUGCAUUUACCUUCA